UUCUUUUUUCCUUUUCUCUGCGUUUCCUCUCCUUUCCUUUCUUUUUUUCUCCGGCGCCGGCUGUAACUGCUAAAUUCAGGCGGGAGAAUUUGAGCUGUGAAAAAAGUGAUAGGUGUUUUUUUAUUUUUGUUUUUCUUUUUUUUUUUGAAUUGAAGAAAAACAUGUCGUUACCGAAGGAGUUGGAGCAAGUGAUGAGGAUGAGAGGGGGAUCCGUGCUCGGAAAGAAGACCAUUCUCAAGAGCGAUCAUUUCCCUGGCUGUCAGAACAAGCGCUUGACUCCUCAGAUCGACGGCGCUCCGAAUUACCGUCAGGCGGACUCGUCACAUGUUCAUGGUGUUGCAAUUCCAACAAUCAUUGGAAUUCGAAAUGUCCUUAACCAUGUUGGCACUCAAAGAGAUGGGAAGGAAACAAAAUUUCUUUGGUUUAAUCUUCGAGAGGAGCCGGUGGUAUACAUUAAUGGUCGUCCCUUUGUUUUGCGUGAUGUGGAGAGGCCCUUCUCCAACCUUGAGUAUACGGGGAUCAACAGAAAUAGGCUUGAACAAAUGGAAGCUAGACUAAAAGAAGAUAUUCUGAUAGAAGCUGCAAGGUAUGGAAAUAAGAUCCUUGUCACUGAUGAACUGCCAGAUGGGCAGAUGGUGGACCAGUGGGAACCAGUAUCCUCUGAUUCUAUCAAGACACCAUUAGAGGUGUAUGAUGAAUUGCAAUUAGAAGGCUACCUUGUUGACUAUGAACGUGUUCCUAUAACAGAUGAAAAAGCACCAAAGGAGCUAGAUUUUGAUAUUGUGGUUAAUAGAAUUUCUCAAGCUGACAUAAACACUGAUGUGAUUUUUAAUUGCCAAAUGGGACGUGGACGUACUACAACUGGCAUGGUGAUUACAACUUUGGUUUAUCUGAACCGAAUUGGAGCUUCUGGAAUUCCAAGAACCAAUUCAAUUGGGAGAAUUUCUGACUCUGCUUCUAAUAUCAAUGACCAUCUCCCAAACUCAGAAGAGGCAAUUCGUAGAGGAGAAUAUGCCAUCAUAAGAAGCUUGAUCCGGGUCCUAGAGGGUGGUGUAGAAGGCAAAAGGCAAGUGGACAAGGUUAUUGACAAGUGUGCCUCCAUGCAAAACUUACGAGAAGCAAUUUCCACUUAUCGUAAUAAUAUUCUGCGUCAGCCUGAUGAGAAGAAAAGGGAAGCACUGCUUUCAUUUUUUGUGGAAUACUUGGAGAGAUAUUACUUUCUGAUAUGCUUUGCAGUAUAUGUUCAUUCGGAGAGAGCAGCCCUUCGUUCUAGUUCAUUUGAUCAAACUGGUUUUGCAGACUGGAUGAAAGCGAGGCCAGAGCUUUACACCAUUAUUCGCAGAUUGCUUAGGAGAGAUCCAAUGGGUGCCCUAGAAUAUGUGAGUGUGAAACCAUCUGUGAAGAAGAUUGCAGAAUCUGCUGAUGGCCACCCUCAUAAGGUGGGUGUAGUUGCUGCAUUGAGGAAUGGAGAGGUUCUUGGUAGCCAAACGGUUCUAAAAAGUGACCACUGUCCGGGUUGUCAAAGAAGUCUACCAGAGAGAUUGGAAGGUGCUCCUAAUUUCAGAGAAGUUCCUGGAUUUCCAGUUUAUGGAGUUGCAAAUCCAACUAUCAAUGGCAUUCGGUCUGUCAUUCAAAGAAUUGGCAGCUCCAAAGGUGGUCGCCCAGUUUUUUGGCACAACAUGAGGGAAGAACCUGUUAUCUAUAUUAAUGGAAAGCCAUUUGUUCUCCGUGAGGUUGAACGACCCUUUAAGAACAUGCUGGAAUACUCGGGAAUUGAUUGUGAAAGAGUUGAGAAAAUGGAAGCUCGACUAAAGGAAGAUAUUCUGCGAGAAGCUGAAAGUUAUGGUGGUGCUAUAAUGGUCAUUCACGAGAUAGAAGAUAGGCAAAUAUUUGAUGAUUGGGAACAUGUGACCUCUGAUUCUGUAAAAACCCCACUUGAGGUUUUCAAGUGCUUGGAGGAUGAUGGUUUUCCCAUUAAGUAUGCACGUGUGCCCAUCACCGAUGGAAAAGCUCCAAAAAGUUCUGAUUUUGAUACACUGGCUCUAAAUAUCACUUCUGCUUCCAAGGAUGCUGCCUUUGUCUUCAAUUGCCAGAUGGGUCAAGGGAGGACAACCACUGGUACUGUUAUUGCUUGCCUUGUGAAACUUAGAAUUGAUUAUGGGAGACCUAUUAAAAUCCUUGGUGAUGAUGUGCGUCAUAAAGAGCUGGACGGAAGCUCCUCAGGUGGUGAAGAAAAUGGAAGCAAUGUCACAACACCUACCUCUAUUGUUGAAAAAGAAGGGACUGAAAAUGAGCAAGGUCAUGCAUUUGGCAUUGAUGAUAUACUAUUGUUGUGGAAGAUAACUAGGUUAUUUGACAAUGGUGUGGAGUGUCGUGAGGCCUUGGAUGCAAUUAUUGAUAGAUGCUCUGCACUGCAGAACAUACGACAAGCUGUUCUGGACUACAGGAAGGUAUUCAAUCAACAAGAUGCUGAGCCAAGGGUGAGGAGACUGGCACUAAAUCGUGGAGCUGAGUACCUGGAGCGUUACUUCCGUUUAAUUGCUUUUGCAGCAUAUCUUGGAAGUGAAGCUUUUGAUGGAUUCUGUGGACAAGGAGAAUCCAGGAUGACAUAUAAGAGCUGGUUGAAUCAGAGGCCAGAGGUCCAAGGAAUGAAACGGAGCAUAAGACUAAGGCCUGGGCGAUUUUUCACUGUUCCUGAAGAAUUGAGAACACCACAGGAAUCCCAGCACGGAGAUGCAGUAAUGGAAGCCAUUGUAACUGCCCGUAAUGGUUCUGUUUUGGGGAAAGGCUCUAUACUUAAAAUGUAUUUCUUUCCUGGUCAGCGAACUUCCAGCCACAUUCAAAUUCAUGGUGCACCACAUGUUUUCAAGGUGGAAGGGUAUCCUGUGUAUAGCAUGGCUACUCCAACAAUUUCUGGAGCUAAAGAGAUGCUUUCAUAUUUAGAUGCCAAGCCCAAAGCUGGAGGAUCAGUUGGUCAGAAAGUGGUAGUCACUGAUAUUAGAGAAGAAGCAGUUGUCUACAUAAAUGGCACACCAUUUGUUCUGAGAGAGUUAAAUAAGCCCGUUGAUACACUCAAGCAUGUGGGAAUUACUGGUCCGGUGGUGGAACAUUUGGAGUCACGGUUGAAGGAAGAUAUCUUAUCUGAAGUGAAACGAUCUGGCGGUCGGAUGCUUUUACAUCGUGAAGAAUAUAACCCAGUGUCAAAUCAGUCCAGUGUCGUAGGAUAUUGGGAAAACAUCUUUGCAGAUGAUGUGAAGACAUCUGCCGAAGUAUAUGCUGCUCUGAAAGAUGAGGGUUAUAACAUAACAUAUUGGAGAAUACCCUUAACUCGAGAGAGGGAGGCUUUUGCUUCUGAUGUUGAUGCAAUCCAGUACUGCAAAGAAAACUCUGCAGGGUCUUACCUUUUUGUGUCACACACUGGGUUUGGAGGAGUUUCGUAUGCAAUGGCAAUUAUCUGUUGCAGACUUGAUGCAGAGGCAAACUCAACAUUAUUGAAGACUCCUCAACCAUCGGUUGAUACACAUCUAACAUCUACAGAUGACGAAAAUUUGCCAUCCCGAGCUUCUGAUGAGGAAGCACUCAGAAUGGGCGAUUAUCGUGACAUACUAAGCCUUACAAGAGUUCUCAUGGAUGGUCCCAAAAGCAAAGCUGAGGUUGACGUUGUUAUAGAAAGGUGUGCAGGGGCAGGGCAUUUACGAGAAGAUAUACUUCACUACAGUAAGGAACUUGAGAAGGUUCCUGAUGAUGAUGAGCGGCGAGCAUACGCUAUAGACAUGGGCAUCAAAGCUUUAAGGCGCUACUUUUUCCUUAUCACAUUCAGGUCAUACCUAUACCGCACGUCUCCGGCCAAGCAAAACUUCGCAUCAUGGGUAGACGCAAGGCCUGAACUCGGACAUCUCUGUAAUAACCUCAGAAUCGAUAAAUAAUCUGAUCAUAUUGUGAUGUAUCUUUAUAUAGCUGUUGGUGCCUGUUGUUGUUUUCCCCAUUAGUAUAGUAGUCUCUCUCCCCACCCCUGCCAAUGCUUGCAUAGUCAAUCUGUGUCAAGUGGGUCAGUCAUUUCUUGACGGUACUUGUGUAGAAUUGGAUUCUUUUGUGGUGUUUCGGGGACUUGGGGGGUGAGUUGGCUAAAAGUUUUAGAAAAAGGUUGAAUCCCACCGUGAUUUAGUUUCAGUUUGAAGUGCAGUAGGAGAAAGCGAUCUAUACACUAGAUAAUUGUAGGAUAACCCAAGAAACUCAAAGAUGGCAAAAGUAGGAUCUCGUUUCCUUUUCUGAUAUACAAACCCUCUACCUUUUUCUCGCUCUGCUAUGGAACUACAUAUUUUUUUAUUCAAUUCCUUGUUUGGUCCUUAAGACCGUGUAUGUCAUGUUCCCAGUAAUGAGUCCAACUAAAACUAAUAAUAUGUUAGUUCGAAU